CCGAAAGUGGUGUGCGUUGGGCGCCGCGCGGAGGCUGGUUCGUCUUUACCUGUGGGACCCCUAGUUGACCGUGGGAAGCAGACAAGCAGGAAAACAUGAACGGAAGGGUGGAUUAUUUGGUCACUGAGGAAGAGAUCAAUCUUACCCGAGGACCCUCAGGGCUGGGCUUCAACAUCGUCGGUGGGACAGAUCAGCAGUAUGUCUCCAACGACAGUGGCAUCUACGUCAGCCGCAUCAAAGAGAAUGGGGCUGCAGCCCUGGAUGGGCGGCUCCAGGAGGGUGAUAAGAUCCUCUCGGUAAAUGGCCAAGACCUAAAGAACCUGCUGCACCAGGAUGCUGUAGCCCUCUUUCGUAAUGCAGGCUAUGCCGUGUCCCUGAGAGUGCAGCACAGGUUACAGGUGCCAAAUGGGCCUAUCGGACAUCGAGGUGAAAGGGAGCCGAGUGGUAUCCCCAUAGCUAUGGUGCUGGCGCCAGUGUUUGCCUUCACCAUGGUAGCAGCCUGGGCCUUCAUGAGAUAUCGGCGGCAUCUUUGAAAAGCUUGCUUUCUUCCAGUGCUCCCGAUGAAGAUACAUUUCUUUCUCUCACCCUCCUCCCCUGCCAUUCUCCCAAUCUUUCCCUCUCUCUGCACAGCCAACACAUGAUUUAAAGAGACUGCUACCCAACCAGAACCUUGCUAUUCAACAGCUCCAAGUCCUCGUAUUCUAAUGGGAGAGUAAAGGCAUUGUUUGAAGGAAAGCUGAAGAAAAGACUUGCUUAGAACAAAUGAGGAAUUGUAUCUUUUACUAGGACCAGCCAUAGAAGUUCAGCUACAACCCAAAGAGGGAAAAGUCCAGUCUUCCCAUCACCACGGGUGAUACCUUUUUGCUUAGCUGGCAUGCCUCAAUGGCCAGCGGUGUGACAGAAGAGGAAGAGAGGAUUUUUCUUUUUAAUGAUCUUCCUUGGGAAGUUUUUGUGGCCUUUAUUUAAUUUCUAACUACAUACUUGGGUGCCUAUAUCAAACAAAGUGUAAUGAGGAGAGCAUUUUUACCUUUUUACAAAAGCAAAUAUAUGUACACACACAUACAUGCAUAUGCACAUAUGAUAGUAUAAUAGUGAUGCCUUACGGAGAAUUAAAGAGGUGGAAAGCUAC